GUCAUUGCAGCGGCUAACUAACGUCUAGACAUCUAUCACUGGAGGGACUAGUUGUUGGUUUUUUAGUAUAAAAAUUAUAUUUUACCAUAGAAAAUGGACGAAGAAGGCGAGAAUAUUUUGCUCGAAGAUAAUUACUAUCAAUUGCUGAAUGUUUCUAAGACGGCCCCACCAGAGGAAAUAAACAGCGCAUAUCGGCGUUUCUCACGCAUGUUCCAUCCAGACAAGCACAGCACUGAUCCAAACAAACAGAAAUGGGCCGAACAAAUAUUCAACAAAGUCAAGGAGGCUUAUGAGGUGCUUUCUGACUCACACAAGAGAGCCAUCUAUGAUACUUUAGGAAAGCGAGGCUUGGAGGUUGAGGGCUGGGAGAUAAUAUUCCGUACUCGCACCCCUAGAGAAAUCAGAGAAGAAUAUGAAAGGUUGAAACGCGAGAGAGAGGAGCGAAGGCUCCAGCAGAGUGCCAAUCCCCGCGGAACAAUCACACUGUCUGUCAACGCCACGGAUAUGUUCAUGAAAUAUUACGAUGAGUAUGAAAUUUUGGAAGAGCCGACUAUUAUACCAAAUAUUGAAGUAUCGGGCAUGACUAUACAGCAAUCAAUUGAUGCGCCAGUCACUCUAAGGAACACGAUGACUCUUUCGGGGAACAUAUCAACACAGAAUGGAAUAGGCACCGGUUCUGUAAACAUCUGCAACAGAAACCUUAGCUCUGAAAAAGGUUGGACAGAAGUGGAGUUUGGCAUAGGAAAUGGUCCACUUCUUGGUUUCAAGAUAUUUAGGACUCUGUCGCGAUUGAUGUUCCUGAACUGUGGGACGGUGCUGCAGUUCACGCCUCGGGGGAUAACGCCGAGCCUGAUAUCAACCAUGGCCGUACAAUUGGAUGCACACUCGGUGGGCUACUUGACCUACCGUGCCGGUGGCCCGGGAGGUUCUUCAAUGACGUCGAUCUACGUGCGCGAUUCCGAGAAGUACCACACUAACACCGCACUGCAGAUCGGAACGCCACACUCGUUUAUAUCGUUCAACAUCAUGAGGAAACUGCCGCAGCAUGAUAUGAAACUCAGGCUGGCUCUGAAGUUCGGAACAUUUGGCGCGAUUGCUGAGUACGGCGCUGAGAAAAAAGUGUCACAGAAUAGCAGCGUGUCAGCGGCCGUCAUGCUGGGCGUUCCCAGUGGUGUGAUGCUCAAACUCAAAUGGACAUGCUCGUCACAAACUAUCGUAGUACCCAUCCACUUAUGUGAAGAAGUGUUACCAUCGCCCGUGUUUUACGCUACCGUCGUGCCUCUGGUGUCUUGGUUGGUGCUAAAGAAGGUCAUCUUGGACCCCAUUGCGAGGGAGCGGCAGGAACGCGACAGGCAACGAUCUAUGGAGGCUAAUUAUGAAAGAUUACAAGAGAUGCAGCGGCAGGCCCGUGCGACUAUCGAACUGAUGAGAGAAACGUAUUCGAGGAUUAGGUCUGACGAAGAAAAGAAGAAGGGCCUUGUUAUCCUCCGAGCACUUUACGGAAAGUUACCUGCAAAUGCGUCAAGCCACGAGGUGGGCGCUGAGACGUCGGGCGACGGCACGUCUCCUGAGACGCCCGGUCCGUUCAGCGAAGUGGUCGACGUCACGAUACCGAUACAGUGCCUAGUUAAGGACUCGCGAUUAGAACUCAUUGAAGCUAGCAAGUACGAGCUGCCUGGAUUCUAUGACCCGUGCGUCGGCGAGGACAAACACCUGACUAUUCAGUACAUGUUUCACAAUAACUUGCAUUGCUGCACCGUCAACGACAGCCAAGCGCUCGUACUCCCGCGUAACAAUCAUCGGAUAAAGAAUAGAUCCUGAAAUUCAGAAGCGAACCGCAGGUACAAAUUUGUCGGCGCGUUCCCGCCCUCUUUCCUAAACUUAACGAGUAGACUCUUUCUGAUUAUGUCGAAAUGAAUGUUACUCUCAAAUCCAGAAAAUUAUCAUUACGAAGCUUUGCAACGAUAUAGGCAGCUUAUGACAUUCCAUUAUUUAUUACAGAAAAUUAUCUCAAAACAGGACACCAUCACAAAUUUUAUUAAGUUGCCACAUAAGUAUACAUAUAUUAUUUAAAGCGAAUAAUGCCUCGGUGAUGCGAAAUUCUAUAAAAUUCAAAUUAAUAAACAAUAAAAUAACGAUAUUAUGUUAUACAUAAUUUUGCCUAUACUCCUUUUGAGUAGGACCUUAAUUAACUAAAGAAAGCUAUUUAUUGUAUUUAUAUUGAGUUUAGCCGGAUUUUAUUUUUAAACUGUUUUUUUUUUUUUUUUUAAUAACAAGACUGUUUAUCUUUGGUUAAGUUCUCAAAUGGAGUAUAGCUAUAUUUCUUUGCACAGAUAAACUUGUAUCCCAAUGAUAUCCCAAUGACUUUGGCACAACUAUUAAAAUAUUAGGAAACUCAGUGGUUAAGCUAGCAUUUAAGUUCGGUUCCUAGUUCAACAGUUGUUGUAGUAAUACUGUCAGUAAUGCCGUAAAUAAUAAUAAAACUUCUCAGUGUUGAAGAUAUAAAAUCAACAUAACAGUAAAAAUAAAUCUUCAGAUAAUAAUUCACUGACAGAAAAGUUCAAAAGUUCUGAUACAAAAAUGCAUUUUGUUGGUUUUGAAGUAGAACUUCAUAGCAGUAAUUAUAGGACCAUACUACAUCUGUUAGUACCAAAAUCUAAAUAAAAGAGUAGGACCCGUGACGUCUCACCUACUUUAAAUUUGUUCCAAACAGUACUUUUACACAAAAUUCAAAACGUGUUGUAUUUUCGUUGUUAUUUCUUUGUAAGAGACAGGAAUAAAUAUGAGUCUACUAUUUUAGGUUUGUCUAAAAGACAGAUUAAUAACUUUUCAUUCCACAUGUCUAUUACAUGUACGAGUGGAAAAAAACAAUAUAAUCGAACAUUUAUUCGCGGAACGCAACUACUCUGAUACGAUCUCGCACGCACAUGGGAUAUUAUAUUAACACUCGGCUGUACAUUAAUCUUUCUGGAACCAUAAGAACUAUUUUUGAUAGUAAAUAACCAUAUUUUUGAUAUUCGACUAGACAACAUAUUCGCUGAUAAAAGAUCCGAAGUCAUAUUAUUCAAUGAAAGGUUUUUAUAAUAGUGUCCGGUGCUUGAUUAAAGCUAUGGCCACAUAAAUGCAGUAACAAUUUCGAAGAUGGCACAUGAAAAAGUGUGUAUUAUUAUGGUAUUCAACAUUCGUAUCUUUUGUCAAAUUGUCAAUCCUGAUCAUUUUUUUUAAUAACUUAGGUAAGGUUCAAAGUACUUUGUAGCGGUAUAUUUUAUUCCCGGUACAUAAAACCGUAGGAUAUCUGCCAUCCGUAUCAAGCGAACUUGACACUAGACUUAAUGAAGAGGAAAACCUUAGGGCACACAUUAUGUGUUACAUUAGAUGCUGCUAUAUCCUUUUACUAUAUCCAUCUUUUAAAACAUAUAACUAUCAAUAUUUCUAAUGUUUGUCGGUGGACUAUUUAUUAAGCAAAAGUACCUUAGAACUGCGACUUUAACGUUAAAGUUAAAACCAAAAAUCACACUUUUAUCGACAUACAUUCAUGUUGCCCGCAGUCAAUAGUUACAAGUUAUUUCCUAACUUUUAGUGUACCGGAAAAUAGCUCGUGUGUUUUUUUCUAAUUAAUAAGUCUCGCACAAAUCUAGUCGAUACUAGAAAAACAUCUACCUUGGAACUUGGCCUGCACAAAAAAGCUUGACUAAUUAAUUUUCUGGAUUUUGACAUGUUAGUUAGACGUAAAAGUUAAUUGUUGAACAGUUAGUUUGUUUGAUUUGUGCUUCGUCAGUGUAAUGAGAAGAGCAAAAUAAAUCGCCUGUCUUACUGAAAUACCUUUUUAGUAUUGUUUUGUAUGCCAUUUUUUGUAAAAUAAUUGACAAUUAAAUACGAGACAUCCAAAAACAAUGUAGCUCAUCCAGUGAGCUAAUUGAAUCCUGAGUUUAGUUUGUUGAUUAUAAAUAUUGUUUUUAAUUAAAAAAUGCCUUAAGGAAUAUAUACUGCGAAUUAAAAUAUGAUGUUGUUAA